AUGGAUUACAAAGUUUUUUUAAAAAGCGUUGAAGAUAUGGACUAUUUGCAUAAUGUAAAAUAUAUGGAAACAAAAAAUCUAGAUGAUUUUAAUUUGAAAUCUGCAUAUUAUAUAUGCAAAGAAAUACACGAUAAGCAAUUAAGUAGUGAAGAUGGUUAUGUAGUUAUAGGCCUAUCAGGAGGAAAGACACCUAUAGAUGUAUAUAAAAAUAUGUCAUUAAUUAAGGACAUUGAAAUAGAUAGAAGUAAAUUAAUUUUUUUUAUUAUUGAUGAGAGGUAUAAAAGUGAUGAUCACAAAUUUAGUAACUAUAAUAAUAUAAAGUUUUUAUUCGAUGAUUUAAAUAUAAAUAAAGAAGAACAAUUAUUUAAACCAGAUACAACAAAAAACAUUGUUGAUUGUAUACUAGAUUAUAAUGAGAAAAUAAAAUUAAUGUUAAAGAAAUAUAAGAAGGUGGACAUUGCAAUAUUAGGAAUGGGAAGUGAUUUCCAUAUAGCUAGUUUAUUUCCAAAUAUAUUUUAUAAUAUAUAUUUGAACAAUUAUCAGAAUAGCUAUAUAUAUGACGAAAAAUCUUUAAAAAUAUUGAAUAGUGAUAACUGUAAUGAUAAUUUAAGGUUAUUAAAUGAAUAUGUAUAUUUUACUACCACCAAUAAAUUUGAUGUUAGGAAAAGAAUUACCGUGUCAUUAGAACUAUUAUCCAAAGCAUCAAGCAAAAUUUUUCUAUUAAAUUCAGCAGAGAAAUUGGAUUUAUGGAAAAAUAUGCUUUUAAAAUCACAUAUAGAAGCUAAUUAUAAUUUAUAUCCAGCUGCUUAUUUAAUUGAUACAUCUAAUACUACUGUAAUAACAUGUGGUUAUGAAAAAUAUACAAAAUCAAUUGAAGAAAUAUAUGAUUCAAAAAAAUCCUUAUCUAUGCAUGUAAGUAACUUGAAUAAAAAAGAAUUAUUAACAAUAAUUAUAUUUGGAUGUUCAGGAGAUUUAGCAAAAAAAAAAAUAUAUCCAGCCUUAUUUAAAUUGUAUUGUAAUAAUUUACUACCAAAAGAUAUAUUAAUCAUUGGUUUUGCAAGAACAGUUCAAGAUUUUGAAACAUUUUUUGAUAAAAUAGUUAUAAACUUAAAAAAGAGCUUACAAUGCUAUGAGGAUUAUUCUAUGUGUAAAAAAAAAAAUCUUUUAGAUUCUUUUAAGAGUAGAUGUAAGUACUAUAUUGGAGAUUAUUCGUGUCCAGAAGAUUUUGAAAAAUUUAAUAAAUAUUUGAACGAAGCAGAACAGGAAGCUACAUUAAAUAGUCAUGCAUAUCAUUGUAAAUCAGAAUACUGCGAUGAUAAAAGAGAAGACGAAAAUGAAGAAAAACAAAAUAUAAAUGAAAAAAAAUUAGCAUCAAAUUAUUCCUAUGUUAUAAAUAGAAUUCUGUAUUUGGCUUUACCACCUCAUAUUUUUGUUAAUACAUUAAAGAACUAUAAGAAUUAUUGUUUAAAUAUCAAUGGUACAGACAAAAUAAUAUUAGAGAAACCCUUUGGAAAUGAUUUAGAAUCAUUUAAAAUUUUAUCAAAACAAAUUUUAGAAAAUUUUAACGAACAGUAUAUAUACAGAAUUGAUCAUUAUUUAGGAAAAGAUAUGGUUUCAGGUCUAUUAAAGUUAAAAUUUACUAAUACCUUUUUAUUAUCUUUAAUGAAUAGACAUUUUAUUAAAUGCAUAAAAAUUACAUUGAAGGAAACAAAGGGUGUUUAUGGAAGAGGUCAAUAUUUUGAUCCAUAUGGAAUUAUAAGGGAUGUAAUGCAAAACCAUAUGCUACAAUUAUUAACAUUAAUAACAAUAGAUAAUGCAAUUGAUUUAAAUGAUGAAUCUGUUAAGAAUGAAAAAAUAAAAAUAUUAAAAUCUAUUCCUCCUAUAAAAUUAGAAGACACCAUUAUAGGUCAAUACGUUAAAUCAGAUACUUGUAAAGAGGAAAAUAGAAACGAUGAAAUAUUUGAUGAAUCAAAAGGAAAUCAUAGUUAUCAUGAUGAUCCUUACAUAAAACCAGAUUCUAUUACUCCUACAUUUUGCACCUGUAUUUUAUAUAUUAAUUCUAUUAAUUGGUAUGGAGUUCCUAUAAUAUUUAAAGCUGGAAAAGGAUUAAAUAAAGAUAUAUGUGAAAUAAGAAUUCAAUUUCAUAAUAUUAUGGGAUCUUCUGAUGAAAAUAUGUAUAAUAAUGAGUUUGUAAUUAUUUUGCAACCUGUUGAAGCAAUAUAUUUAAAAAUGAUGAUAAAAAAAACAGGGUGUGAUGAUAUGGAAGAAGUUCAAUUAAAUUUAACAGUUAAUGAUAAAAAUAAAAAAAUUAAUGUUCCAGAAGCAUAUGAAACAUUGUUAUUAGAAUGUUUUAAAGGUUGUAAAAAAAAAUUUAUUUCAGAUGAAGAAUUGUACGAAUCAUGGAGGAUAUUUACUCCCUUAUUAAAUGAAUUAAAAGAAAAACAAAUAAAACCUUUAAAAUAUCCAUUUGGGCAUUCAGGGCCUAAAGAAGUUUUUGAUCUUGUUAGAAAAUAUUAUAACUAUGGUAAAAACUAUACGCAAACACCUGAAUUUGUCAGAAAAUCUUCUUUUUAUGAUGAUAAUUUAUUAGAUAUUAAUUGA